GACAUGUUGUAAGUUUCCGCAGAGAUGUGUUGAUGUGGCUGGAUUCCAGAGUCUGCUGCUAAAGUUGAACUGUAAACAAUAUUCAUGGAUAGCUCCGGGAAAGAAAAAGAGGCCAUGGUUCUCAUGGCUGAAGCCGAGAAGAAAGUGAAGUCCUCGCAGUCGUUCUUUGGCUCUCUGUUUGGGGGCUCUUCAAAGAUGGAGGAUGCUUGUGACUUGUAUGGAAGGGCAGCAAACAUGUUCAAGAUGGCCAAGAACUGGAGUGCUGCAGGAAACGCUUUCUCCCAGGCGGCGCUCCUAUACCUGCAGAUGCAGAGUAAACAUGACGCAGCCACAAACUUCAUUGAUGCCGGCAAUGCCUUUAAAAAAUCAGACCCUCAAGAGGCCAUAAACUGCCUGAACAGGGCCAUUGAGAUCUAUACAGACAUGGGUCGAUUUACUAUCGCGGCGAAACACCACGUCACUAUUGCUGAAAUUUAUGAGACCGAACUGGUUGACAUCGACAAGGCAAUAGCUCACUAUGAACAGGCGGCAGACUAUUAUAAAGGCGAGGAGUCCACAAGUUCAGCCAACAAGUGCCUGCUCAAAGUUGCCACCUAUGCAGCUCAACUGGAGCGGUACCCUAAAGCCAUUGAGAUCUAUGAACAGGUUGCAACACAUGCAAUGGACAGCACUCUGUUGAAAUACAGCGCAAAGGACUAUUUCUUUAAGGCAGCUCUCUGCCACUUCUGUGUGGACAUGCUGAAUGCUAAGCUUGCCGUCCAGAAGUACGAGGAAAUGUUUCCAGCCUUUUCAGAUUCACGUGAAUGCAAAUUGGUGAAGAAACUUUUAGAUGCCUUUGAAGAACAGAAUGUGGAUGCAUAUACUGACGCUGUAAAAGAGUAUGACACCAUCUCACGACUGGAUCAGUGGCUCACCACCAUGCUGCUUCGUAUCAAGAAAUCCAUACAAGAUGAUGAAAGUGACCUUCGCUAAGAUCCUCUUCCUCUCCUCUGCCCCUUGCCGCUCGCUCUGCCUUGUGCCUUUAACACCGUGACUUCAGUAUGAUGGUUGACUAUUGCCCUGUUUUACCACCAACUCAACUCUCAGUGCCUUGACGCCUUUGCUUUACCUCUCUCUCUCUAUGACACGGCCGUACCGCCAGACCUCAGAGAACACUAAAGAAAGGAAGGCUGAUGGUUUAAAUGAGAUUUGAGGGAGUGUUGCAUGAGAGCUGAAACCAGCUACAGUAAUAUUACGGGGUGCUGUGCACACCAAGCUUCAGAAAUGCCUUGUGCUCUGGCUGACACAGAGCACCCGUAUUACGGAGCACAAAAACCUUUGUUCAUUCUGUUCAAUUCUUUAGUAGUGGCAUAUGUAUUUUUAUUCUUAUCGGAAAUACCAUACCUUGUAUCUGCUUAUUUUUUGCUUGCUGAUUCCUGCGUAGACUAAUCUUGAAAAAUGAUUUGAAAUGCUAUUCCUGUUUUUUAUUUUGACAUAUGGAGAAGAAAAAGAGUAAAAGAAGGACUGAUUCAACCUAUACAGCGUGUUUUUAUUGACUUCCCAAAAAGGGAGAAAUACUUGUUUCUGCCUUUCUUGUAAUCAGUCGUAAUUGUUCAUAUGUCAUUGGUAAAUAUAUGUAACGGUUAGUCUUGCUAUUAAUUCAUUGUUCUUUUAGUAAAGCUAAGAAAACUAAAGUUUAUUUCCUGGUUAAAUAAAGGACUAAAACCAAACCCUAUACUGGUUAGUGCUUUACAAAGCACUGUAAUAGAGUUAGUGCCAGAAUACAAAUAUCGUGGUUUUAUAUUUGAUGAAUCUUUAUCUUUUAACUCUCAUGUAAAUCAAUUACAGUCGAAACACAAGUUUUCAUUUUAGAAAUAAAGCCUAUUUUUUAUUGGUGGCAGAAAAAAGUUUCUGCUACUUUUUUGCCAGUUCUUGAUUAUGGAGAUGGUUAUACAUUUGCACCUGCCAGCUUUUAAU